UAUUUCGGAUCUUUGAAAAAUUGUCUUGAACUAGCAGCCGAAUCCAUCAUUUUACUAACUUCUGAAGAUUUAUCUCAGCGACGAACUCCCGGCGACAGAGAAUGUGAAAAUAUUACUUUGACCGGAUUUCUCUCUCCUUGUUUCAACCCUGAGACCAGAUCUUAGAAAAACCAGAUCUGCUUCGGACAAAAUCUGAAAAUCCUUGCAAAACCAUAUUUCAUGGAGAGAGAUUCGAUACCGUAAAAUCUCUGUUCUGCAUAUAAACCAGAGAAGGAGAUGGACUCCCGUCCGAUCCAAUUGCCUUACAAGCAUCUCAAAGAUGCAGAGGUCGAACUCGUCGGCUUGAACGAUUCUAGGGUUUCCAAUGGAAUAUCCAACGGACCUGGCAGUUCUUCUUCUCCUUCUCCUCCUCCUUCUCCUUCUCCCUCGCCUUCUUCACACCAGGCGCAUUGUAGCAGCCUCAAGACGUUGAUCCUCGCUUCCAUGGUCGGUGCCGGUGUUCAGUUCGGGUGGGCCCUGCAGCUCUCGCUUCUGACUCCCUAUAUUCAGACACUUGGAAUAGCGCAUGCGUUUUCUUCAUUCAUCUGGCUUUGUGGCCCCAUUACAGGUCUUGUGGUUCAACCAUGUGUUGGUAUUUGGAGUGAUAAAUGCUACUCAAAAUAUGGAAGAAGACGGCCAUUUAUUUUAGUUGGAUCCCUCAUGAUCUCUAUUGCUGUGACAAUAAUCGGGUUUGCUGCAGACAUUGGAUACUAUCUAGGGGACACAAAGGAGCACUGCAGUACUUAUAAAGGUACUCGAGUGGGGGCAGCUAUUGUUUUUAUCAUUGGUUUCUGGAUGCUGGAUUUGGCUAACAAUACAGUGCAAGGUCCAGCUCGUGCUCUUCUGGCUGAUCUCUCAGGGCCCGACCAAAAAAAUGCAGCAAAUGCGAUAUUUUGCUCAUGGAUGGCUAUUGGAAACAUUGUAGGGUAUUCUUCUGGUGCUAGUGGAAGUUGGCACAGGUGGUUUCCAUUUUUGAAAACAAAAGCUUGCUGUGAAGCCUGCGGAAAUUUGAAAGCAGCCUUUCUAGUAGCUGUGGUCUUCCUCACAUUCUGCACAGUUGUGACUCUGUAUUUUGCUAAGGAGAUCCCACUAGUUAAACCAGCACGCUGUUUAUCUGAUUCUGCUCCACUGUUGAAUGAUACAACACAACCUGGUUUUGGAGACACAAAUCCUGAGAAGCCAGUUGAUGAUCAAGCAUCUGGAAUCAGUACAGUUGCUGGGAAAACUAUUUCUGAAAAUUCAAUUCAUCUUGAGUCGAAAGCUGAAGAGGACCAAAAUGAAGCCUUUACUGAUAGUCCUGGAGCAGUCUUGGUAAAUAUUUUGACAAGCAUGAGGCAUUUACCACCCGCCAUGCAUUCAGUGCUACUUGUCAUGGCUCUUAGUUGGUUGUCAUGGUUUCCAUUUAUUCUCUUUGAUACUGAUUGGAUGGGACGUGAAGUAUACCAUGGGGAUCCAAAGGGGAAUGCAUCUGAAGUUGCAGAUUAUGGAAAAGGUGUCAGAGAAGGUGCAUUUGGUUUGCUAUUGAAUUCAGUGGUUCUUGGGAUUAGCUCUCUCCUUAUUGAGCCAAUGUGUCGGCGAAUGGGUUCAAGAAUAGUAUGGGCAAUAAGCAAUUUUACCGUAUUCAUCUGCAUGGCAAGCAUUGCAGUCAUAAGCUUGUUUUCCUUCUUGGAAUAUUCCAAAGGAAUCCAGGUGAUUGAAGACAAUCGGGCUAUCAGGAUUGCAGCCUUGGUCAUAUUUUCAGUUCUUGGAUUUCCUCUUGCUAUUACCUACAGCGUUCCAUUUUCUGUGACGGCAGAGUUGACGGCUGAUACAGGAGGUGGCCAAGGAUUAGCCAUCGGGGUUUUAAAUCUUGCAAUUGUUAUUCCUCAGAUUAUUGUUUCCCUUGGAGCAGGCCCAUGGGAUGCCCUCUUUGGAGGAGGGAACAUACCUGCAUUCGCCCUUGCUGCUAUAUCUGCCUUUGCGGCUGGAGUUAUUGCAUUCCGUAAACUGCCAAAUCUUUCUAGCAGUUCCUACAAAUCUACAGGUUUUCAUUUCGGCUGACUCCUGCCUCAAGAAAGUAGCAACUAGAGACUUCAAAUCUACCAGGUUCUGACGUGUCUCCAGUGAUCCCCGCUGCCAUUGUUGGAAAGAAAUGAUUCUUAGAUUUCACUUGUCAUAUUCAAUUCAUUCAUUCUUCCUUUCAUCUUCUCCUUUUUAUACCAUAGGUUUCGGGAAUAAAUAUUGCAGUCAUGUAAAAGAGAAAAAAUGGAAAAGAAGAAGAAAAAAUCUCAUGCGUAGGGAAGUCCCAAUCAAAGAAUGGUGCAUGCGUGCAUAGUCAGAGGUUUGGCUGUUUGGUCCAUCUCUGACAUACUUGUCUGUUGUUUGGUGAUCUUGGGUUUGCAUCCCUGGGACAGUUGUAAAGUUGUAUCUCUAAAUCACACCUUAUUUUCUCAAAUGAAAUGCUUCUGUUUAUUGCUAGAGAAAAA